AUGGCCGCCGGCAACUCCAUCUCCGUAAAGGUGGAUGUGCCGUCCCAGGUCAAGGGCCAGGGCACGCUGGAGAUGUCGUACUACAUCUACCCCAUCACGAUGCGCUUGCCUGGCUUUAUGAGCGAUGCUCGGUUCAACCGGCGGUACACCGACUUUGAGACUCUGCGUGGCCAGCUGUGUGCGACCUACUGGUACUGCAUUGUGCCACCCAUUCCCGAGAAGGAGUCGGUGCAAGAUAAGCUUGGGAAGCUGCCACGCAUGGUGGCGUCGGCGAAGGAGACGACCGCUUCGGAGGGCGACCUGCUCGAGUACCGUCGUAUCAGCCUGCGGCGCUUCCUGCAGCGGCUUGCCUACCACCCCAUUCUGGGCAAGUCCGACCUUCUACAGAAGUUCACGAACGAUAACGAGUGGCGACAGUGCAUUCGAGACCCGGUGAAGCCGCCUCGUUUUAUCGUGUCGUCGUCGUUGGAGGAGAUCGCCAGAUCAUGGGUUCCGUCAAGCAGUGCGUCUGGCGCCGGUGCUCAAGGUAGCGGUGGCGCUGCCGGGGGUGGUGGCGUUAGCCAAACCGGAGCUGCGUAUCAGUCGGCACUUACUCAAGAGCCAGUGGAUGAGGCGACGUGGAGGGCAACAAGCGAGUACAUUGGUGAGCUGGAGUCUAACCUCAAGAACAUGCGCAACCUGCUGGAGGCACUCGUGGAUCGCCACCGGCGCGCCGCCUCCGCCGUGAGCAACUUUGCCGCCUCUUUCGGGCUGCUUGCGAACGGUGAAGAGGAUGCCGAGCUGCGCGGCGCCAUCGAAGGGGUGCGCGACUGCGGUCGCAAGGUGGCAGACGUCUAUAGCAAACACGCCGACAACGAGUCGACGCGGCUUGUCAGCACGCUAAGCUUUUACGUGGGUAUGUGUGCCGCCGUGCGGGAGACUCUGAAUCACAUGUUCAGCGCCCACCAGUAUCUGCGCAACUUGCAGAAGAAGGGCCAGGAGCUGCAGGCGUCGGCGAUGCGAGCACAGUCAGCCAACCAGGUGCAGGUGCAGAGCGAGCUGCACUUUGUGAAUGAGCAGCGGGCCCACCUCGAGGAAGACCUCAUGGGCGCCGAGAAGACCUUCAGUGAGGAGUUCGUUCUCUUCCACGAAAACAAGCAAUAUGACGCCAAGGAUAUGCUGAAGAAGUUUGGCAUGCUGGAGCUCAGCUUCUCCGAGUCAAUGAAGCAGGAGUGGGACGCCCUGCGGCCAAUGUUGGAGUCCCUCGGCACAUAA